CUGGGGCACCCGCACGACGUGCUGGUCCGGCCUGACCACCCGGAGCUCACGGCUGAGUGCCAGGAGAUCACCCAUGUGGAUGUGGAGAGCCUGGCACUGGCUCCACCGCUGGAGCAGGCGUUGAGACAGUUUAAUCAGUCCGUGAGCAACGAGCUGAACAUUGGUGUAGGUACUUCCUUCUGUUUUUGUACUGAUGGACAGCUGCACAUUAGGCAGGUUCUGCACCCUGAAGCUUCCAAAAAGAAUGUCUUGCUGCCUGAAUGCUUCUACUCCUUUUUUGACUUGCGGAAAGAGUUCAAGAAGUGUUGCCCUGGCUCACCUGACCUUAGCAAACUUGACGUUGCAGCCAUGACGGAAUAUUUAAAUCUUGACAAGAACAGUUCAGCAUUUCCCUAUGGAGCCUCUCAAGUUGAAGAUAUGGGGAAUAUUAUUUUAACGCUAAUAUCUGAACCAUACAAUCACAGAUUUUCAGAUCCAGAAAGAGUGAACUACAAAUUUGAAAGUGGGCCUUGUAGCAAGAUGGAACUUGUGGAUGACAAUGCUGUUAUCCGAGCGAGAGGAUUGCCGUGGCAGUCGUCUGACCAGGACAUAGCGAGAUUCUUCAAAGGCCUAAAUAUUGCCAAGGGAGGUGCUGCACUCUGUCUCAAUGCCCAGGGUAGGAGAAAUGGGGAGGCUCUUGUGAGGUUUGUAAGCGAAGAGCAUAGAGAUCUAGCACUACAAAGGCACAAGCAUCACAUGGGGAAUCGAUACAUUGAGGUAUACAAGGCAACAGGUGAAGACUUCCUUAAAAUUGCAGGAGGCACUUCCAACGAGGUUGCGCAGUUCUUGUCGAAAGAAAACCAAGUGAUUGUCAGGAUGCGAGGUCUUCCUUUUAAUGUAACAACAGAAGAAGUGCUGACAUUCUUUGGCCAGCACUGCCCUGUGACAGGAGGAAAGGAAGGAGUUCUGUUUGUCACAUACCCUGACAGCAGGCCAACAGGGGAUGCCUUUGUAUUGUUUGCUUGUGAGGAAUAUGCACAAAAUGCACUGAAAAAGCAUAAGGACUUGCUGGGGAAAAGGUACAUUGAACUCUUCAGUCAGGUGCUGAACAGGUACUCUUCCACGCCUCUCAUUCCUCUCCCAACACCACCUAUUCUUCCAGUAUUACCUCAACAGUUUGUGCCUCCCACUAAUGUCAGAGACUGCAUACGUUUGCGUGGUCUUCCCUAUGCUGCUACUAUAGAGGACAUCCUGGAGUUCUUGGGGGAGUUUUCUACAGAUAUUCGGACCCAUGGAGUUCAUAUGGUACUAAAUCACCAGGGACGUCCGUCGGGAGAUGCUUUCAUUCAGAUGAAAUCUGCAGACCGAGCUUUUCUGGCUGCACAGAAGUGUCAUAAGAAGACUAUGAAGGACAGAUAUGUUGAAGUCUUUCAAUGUUCUGCUGAGGAGAUGAACUUUGUGUUAAUGGGGGGCACUUUAAAUCGAAAUGGCUUGUCCCCACCACCAUGCCUUUCACCCCCUUCCUACUCCUUUCCGGCUCCUGCUGCAGUUGUGCCAACAGAAGCUGCUCUGUAUCAGCCAUCCAUGCUCCUGAACCCACGAACACUCCAGCCUUCCACGGCAUACUACCCUGCUGGGGCUCAGCUCUUCAUGAACUACACAGCGUACUACCCCAG